AUGGAAAUUGACAGCGCCGGGAACGACACUGAUCCGGUAGAAACUAUUCGUGUAUUGCGAGAACAGUUAGAGCUUUUGGAGAAAGAACAUAACUUCACCGGAAUCAGUCUGGAUCACGUAACAAUCCCAAGUCUGCACACCAUCAUGGGAGUAGCCCAAGGUUUCGGUUUCGAUAACCUUUUGUUAUGGACAACAACAAUGGAUUGUGAAGACACGGGAUUAAAGAUCACCAAGGCCGACAUCAAACAGUCUAGAGUUCGGAAAUCCAACCUUAUAAAUCUCCAAAAAACAGUUCAAAUGCUUGAUGUUGAGCUGUCUUCCAUGUUGACAGUAGCCGUUGUUCUCCAGCAUUUCCAGGAUUCGACUCUCGAUGGCACAGAUGAAACGGAAGCGGCAGCGUGUCCAGCUGAAAAAUGUCUUUAUAGAGACAGAUCGAUUGGGAAAGCACCACUUUUCGAUGCUCGAUUAGUGAAGUGUGAAACGUGCGAAGAAACAUACCAUGCAGUCUGUUGUGGUAUGUGGGCUGCAGAGGAAUGGGAGUUGACCAAUGAUCCUAACAAUCCAUUAAGUUGCCUCGGUUGUCGUGGAAUUACGGGAGUGAAAGUGAACGCACUGGCUGACGAGGCGAUUGAAUUUCUGAAAAAUGAAAUAGAAUUGAAGAAAGAUGAAUUGAAGUAA